AUGGGCAACACCACGAGCACCGACGCCCUGCAAGAGGCGGUGGACGAAGUGGAGCAGCAGCAGGCGGGGGAGGCGCAGGCCCCCCCAGGAAUCAAGCUCUAUGAGUUUGUGCGCGCCGCCUCAGGCGCCGCCUCCUGGUCGCUGCUGUCGGGCCACGCGGCCCCAACCUUCUACGACGCUAACGGGGAGGGCGGCGGCGGCGGCCGCAGCAAGCCCGAGUGGAUGCUCGAGAUCGAUGCCGGCGAUGUCGAUGCGCGUGCUGACGAGGCGCUGCAGUAUGUGGCGGACCGGGGGGCGCGCCGCGUCACGUUUGCGGCGGGCGGGCGGCUGUUUGCCCUGAGGUUCCCGGAUGACGCCGGCUUUGGCGGCUUCAUGGAGGACCUGGAGAGCAAGGUGUUCACCAACACGUACGGCUUUGAGGACGAUGACGCCGGCCGCGACAAGGUCCUGGGUGACUUCAGGGACAUGUUCUUCAAGGGAGGGGGUGAGCACCCGCGGCAAGCAACCCAGAGGACCCUGCCGCUGAUGCGCUCGCGCGCCUAG